AUGAAUUGUACUCAAGACUCGCCAAAUUGGGAUAAUUCUAAGAUGUAUAUGGAAAUAGUAGAAUUGGAAAACAGCUGUUUACAAAAUAGUGAUGGAAAUAUUAAUAAUGGAGGCUAUCCUUACCUUAUUUCUCAACAACAGCCUAAGACUUGUUCUUCAUCUGACAGCGGAGCUUCAUCAGGUGACACCGACUUCACCAGUAACACAGGACAUCUUUCACAACAUGAAUUUAACACAGAUAGAAUGCAUGAAGAUACCUUAACUUUAUCACAAUCCAUACACAGAAAUUACCUUCCAAAUUCUAAUUCAUAUUUAACUACCAAUGAAGUAGGAAGUAACCAAGGAAGAUCCCAACUUCCAGGAGCGUGGUUCUAUGAAAUGGGACCUCAUGAUGACGACGUUCUAUCACAAGGAAAUAAUUCUCCUAUUAAUGAACUUGAGGAUUUUAAUUUCCAACAACAAUUACGUCUUAAUAUAUCUGGAGUUAGAAAUAUUACAGAGACAGUUAAUGUUCCUAGUAGUGAACAUGUCGCUGAAAUUGUUGGACGUCAGGGAUGUAAAAUUAAAGCUUUACGUGCAAAGACAAAUACUUAUAUUAAGACUCCAGUUCGUGGAGAAGAUCCUAUAUUUAUUGUGACUGGUCGUCCAGAGGAUGUUUUUGAAGCUAAAACAGAAAUCGAACUUGCUGCUGAACAUUUUACUCAAAUUAGAGCUUCAAGAAGGCAUAGUCAGGGUGGUGCACCAGCACCUGGUCAUGUAACUGCAUAUGUUCGUGUGCCACUUCGUGUUGUUGGUCUCGUUGUUGGACCAAAGGGAGCUACAAUUAAAAGAAUUCAACAAGAUACACAUACAUAUAUCAUAACACCAAGUCGUGAGAGAGAGCCAGUUUUUGAGGUUACUGGAUUACCACAAAAUGUUGAGUCAGCUCGCCAUGAAAUUGAACAACAUAUUUAUGAAAGAACAGGAAAUAUGCCAAUAACUGAUACUACUCAACAACUUGGUAGUAUGGAACUUCAAUCAACAUUAGCUGCAGCAGCUAUUUCAGCACAUCUUGGUUCAUUAAAUUUAAAAGAGAAUAGACCCACUUAUGGAUCUUUAGCACCAGCUUCCCAAAUUCGCCAACAAUUAGCUGUCAAUUCUGGCUUAUUUGACAUUAAUAAUGUGUUUGGAGAUUUUCCAAGAAAUGGAACAGAUAUAAAUCUUAGCAUGCUUGGACUUAAUGGAAUGAGAAAUGGAGGAUUAAUUUGUAAACAAGGAUUUUCAAAUGAUGGAUCAUCACUAACUAACAAUUCACAACCAUUCUAUAAUCCUAUUGAUGUUGUUACUGGAUCACAAGUAGUAGGUAAUAACAGUGGUGGUUCUUUAAUAUCUCCAAUGGUACGCAAUAAUAGUGUGCAGACAUCUUCUAUUCCAUCAACAGGAAGUUCACCAACUGACAAUUCUUUCAAUCCAUGGAAUGGUCCAUUUGGAGGAAUGAACAAUUGUGGUGUAGUAAAUAAUACUAUGACUCAGGAAAGUAUUUCUGCCGACGGAUCUAUCAAUUCUGCUGUUUCUUCAUUUGGUGGAAGUUUUGGUUGUGGUCAAAAUUCAUCCGCAUCCAGUACUGGUUCAAGAGAUGAAGGUUUAUCUGAAUCUCCAACAAAUGGAUUUGAUGGAGGUAAUAAAGAUCACUUUGAAAUAAUGUCUCUUAUUUGGAAUGAUAAAUCUCAAGGGAUUGUUAAUAACUUCCCAACAAAUGAAGUUUCAUUAUCUUCUGCCUAA